AUUUGUGUUUAUUAUAAUCAAAAAUAUAUUUUUAAUUAUGUUAACUCUUUAAUAUAUAAUAAUUAGUUUUUAGGUAUCUCUUUUGUAAAAGCUGGAAAAGGUAAUUUAUACAGUUGAUGGCAGUAAAAAUAAUAUGAACAGAUUUUAUGGACAAUAAAAAGAUGAAUUUAAAUAGCUUUACCUCAAGUUCUUCUGAACAUUUAAAAAAUUGUUCAAGUCCUAAUGAAAAAAAUCGUCUUAAGGUGUCAUCUGUUGUCAGCUUAUCAAAUGAUACUUCUAAAACUAAAAAUUUUCCUGAUAAUAGUCAAAUAAACAAGGAAGAUUGUAAAUUUAUAAUAAAUAUAUUAAAGUCAAAUGAUGUUGAUUUAAAUAGUCAAAAUGAACAAAUGCUAUUAAACAUAGUGAAAAAAUAUGAGAAGGAUAUUUUACCAUCAAAUAAUGAAAAUAUGGAAUUAAAUACACAAACAUUUAUGGAUCUUCUCUUGCACAAAGCUACUAUAGAUCUGCAAAACCAUCAAGAUGUUUCUAAAAAUCAAACUAUUGAAAAUAUGGAUUCAAAUUCAAAUAAUAUUAUUAUAGUUACACCUCCAUCUAAAUCUAACGAAUUAAAUUUAAAAGAAAUUACACCAUCAUCUAAAUCUAACAAUUUAAAUUUAAAAGAAAGUGAUGAAGAUUUUAUUACUGUUAAAAACAAACAAGAUGUUUCUAAAAAUCAAACUAUUGAACAUAUGGAUUCAGAUUCAGAUGAUAUUAUAGUUACACCGCCAUCUAAAUCUAAAGAAUUAAAUUUAAAAGAAAGUGAUGAAGAUAUUAUUACUGUUAAUAAUGAUCAAGAUCAAGAUCCAGAUUUAAUUACUUUUAAAACUAUGUGUGAUACAUUAUUAAAAAUUACAGCAGUUGGUAAUGUGAUACCUAGCAGUAGUUCAAUUACUGAGAAAAGUAAUCAAGAAAACUCCAUGAUUUUCAAACAAAAGAAUGCAGAUGUAUUAAUUUGUGAAAAUAAUAUGGAUUGUGUACCAAGCACGAGUAAAUUAAAUUCAAAUAUUUGUUAUAAACCUGAUAUUGAAAGUUCAAAAAAUGUGUCAUGUAAAAAACGUCAAUUUAAAAAUUUGUUGUUAGAUUCAUCUGAGGAAAGUUCACUUGAAUAUUUAAAUGAAUUAUCUCAAAAACAAUACAGUUGUCCAAAUAAAAAAUAUAAAUUUAAAUCUUCAGCAAAUACUUUAAAAAGUAAUACUGAACACCAUUCAGAUAAUAUUGUAAUUUCAAAACAAGUUAAUGAUUCCAAAAAAAUAAAUACAUUUGUAAGAAAUGAAGAGAAUGGAUUUUUUUAUUGUGCACCUGAUGGAAAAAUUCAUCAAGACAUGUUGGCUUUUAUUAGUAAACAGAAAUAUGGUUGCUAA